GUAUAGCUCAACGACAGCUCUAUUCGAUAUAUACUAGGCGUACCGUAAACCAGCUUGCUCCUGAACUUGUCGCCAGAUCGAUCGGACACCUACCGAUCAAACUAGCUACGAUGCCCGAACUCCCAGAGGUAGAAAGAGCAAGAAAGCUCGUCGAAGAGACUUGUGUGGGGUUUGAGAUCGCCUCGGUCGAUUCUAGGGAAGACAAGAUCGUCUAUACUGGUGGGAUCACGCACGAGGAUUAUGUCAAAGAAUUGGAAGGAAGGACAAUAACAGGAUGUUCCCGGAAAGGCAAGAUAUUCUGGUUGGACCUCUCAGGUACAGGCAGACUUCCCGUGAUGCACUUCGGGAUGACGGGGAUGAUCAUGCUCAAAGGGAGGGAACCCGAUUGGUACAUGCGUAAACCCCGCAAAGUCGAUCGGUUGAAGGACGAUUGGCCGCCUGUCAAGUAUGUAAAGUUCAUCUUGAAGCUCGAACCGGCGGAGGGCAGCGUUGGGAAAGAACCCGUCGAGUUGGCUUUCCUCGAUUCCCGUCGUCUCGCCCGACUCCGACUCCUCCCCCAACCCCCUCUGUCCCACCCACCUCUCUCAGUCCUAGGUUUCGACCCUUACCUCUCCCACCCAACCCUUCCCGAAUUCCUCGCCCUGCUCGACAAACGCCCUCGAGCUACCAUCAAGGGAGUGAUCAUGGAUCAAUCCUUUAGCGCCGGAGUAGGUAACUGGGUGGCCGACGAGAUCUUGUACCAAGCUCGGGUCCAUCCGGCUUGUCCCGUCGGGAAGAUGUCGGAUGAGAUGAAGGAAGGGAUUUGGAGGGAGAUGAAGGUCGUCGUGGAUACCGCUGUGGAGGCGAACGCGAACCACGCCAAGUUCCCCAAAGACUGGUUAUUCAGCUGGAGGUGGAGUAAAGGCAAAAAGGACAAGAACCGGAAGGACAAGGACGAAUCUGGCGGGUUCCGGCUACCCGACGGAAGACCCGCUACGUUGGCUUUCAUCACCGUAGGAGGUCGAACUUCGGCUUACGUCGAGGAAUUACAGACUUUGCCCGAAGGGGUGGUCUACAAACCUCCUAAGAAGAAGGCGACGAAGGCCGAAAGUGAAGCUUCGUCGUCUUCCUCCUCGGACGCCGAAUCAGAACUCACCGAACCCAGCUUUGAAAACGGUGAAGUCGAGGAAAAGCCGAAGCCUGCUGUCAAGACCGUCGCUCCUGUGAAACAGGCGGGCAAGGGAGCUCGGAGCGUCAAGGCGAAGAAGGGUAAGGUUGAGAAGGUAGAGGAAGUUGUAUACGAGGUGAAGGAGGAGGAAGAACAGGCGAAGCCUGCUACGAAACGAAAGGCAGCGGACGGUGCAAAGUCAGCUCCGACGAAUGGGGUCAAACGGCAAAAGCGGGCUACCAACAGCAAGAAGGUCAAACGUGAAUCGUCUUCGGAACUAUCUGAAGAGGACGAGGCGAGCGUUAGACAGCAAGAUCCUUCGGUCAAAGUUGAGGCUACAACAAAGGAGGAGCAGGAGGGGGAAGUGGAUUCCGGACGGAGAAAGUCGAGGCGAGGCAAGACGACCAGGUGAUCUAGCGUUUCGUUCGUCAGAAUCGCCUUGAAACCGUUGUUUUGCGGGAAUGAAGCGACUGUAGCAACCAAGACUGUAAAUUUCGAUUUCCUGUAUCAAUGAGCUAUGAGACUGUAGCUACAUCCGCAAUGAGGAAGGGAUAUGCGCACUACUGC